AUGUGGCAGUUGAUAAAGUUACGUGAAGAGAGAGCACAUCUGUUGGACAACACAGAGAAGCUGGAAAGGUCAUCUCGGAGGCUGGAAGCUGGCUACCAGAUAGCAGUGGAAACCGAGCAAGUGGGACAGGAGAUCCUCACCAACCUGCACAGCGAUCGCGAGAAGAUCCAGAGAUCCCGUGAUCGGCUGAGAGAGACGGACGCUAACUUGGGCAAGAGCUCUCGGAUCCUGACCAGCAUGCUGAGAAGGAUCAUUCAAAAUCGUAUUCUGGUCUUCAUCCUGGGCGCCAUCAUCCUCCUCACCAUCGUCUUGGCCAUCUAUUUCAAUUUGCGAGGACACUGAUCUCCACUGGCUGGCCCUAUGCGUGCACGUGUGAGUGUGUACGAGCAUGUGUGUAUGAUUAAUAGUGACAAAAGUGUUGGGCUGGAGUAAUUAGGACAAAUUGUUCACAUGAAUCAUUCCUGGUGGGCAGUGACAGGGGGCCUCUCCUCACUGCUCUCGAGCGGAGCGGGACCGUUCUCACCCUCUCUCCCCUUAUAUUUAUGCUACGUCCAUUACUUUUUAAACUUACCGACCCAUAGA